AUGGCCAAAGACAGGAAAGACGGCAAAUCCGAUAGCGACAGCUCAUCUGUCAGCGAGGCGCCCGCCAACCAGAAGGAUUCCCUCCGCAGCUUUAUCUCCACUCUCGCCACUUUCUCUGGAGACCUGUCUGCAUUGACCUGCCCUAGCUUCCUGCUGAGCUCCGUCAGUCUACUAGAUCAAUUCUGGGGUGACCAUCCAAAGCUAUUCGCAGCGAUCCCGUCUGGCGAAACCCCUGAGGAUCGGUUGCUCAAUUGCACGCGCUGGUUCAUCUCAACCCUCUAUGGCUCGUAUUCAUCCCGCGCAGGUCAGGAAAAGAAACCGUACAAUCCCGUCCUAGGUGAGCAGUACUUCGCUCAAUGGACAGGGGAUGAACAGACAGGCGAUACCAUCCUCAGAGCAGAGCAAGUCAGUCAUCACCCUCCAAUUAUGGGCUUCCACCUUGAAAACAAGAACGCUGGCGUUGUCUUGGAAGGGCACUGCGGUCAAAAGUCGCGUUUCGCCAUGCCCGCUGGUAUCGAUGUCUACCAAAAUGGACACGCCAUGCUGACGCUGCCAAAGUUCAAGGAGACCUACCUUAUCACCCUUCCCUCACUCCAGAUCCGCAGCAUUAUCACAGGACGACCAACGGUUGAAUUGGCGGGCUCGAGCUACAUCGUCAGCAGCACAGGACUUUUCGCCUCGAUCGAAUACAGCGGCAAGGGAUAUUUCUCGGGCGAGCGCAACAGUUUCAAAGCGAAGCUUAUGCCGAUCUCUGGAGAUACUCCUUUUUACAUAGCCCAGGGUGUCUGGAGCGGCGUGUCGAAUUACAGCAACGGAAAGAAGGGCUCCGAGAGCAGAUUGUUUUUUGAUGCGAAGGCCGAUCUGCCGAUCGCGCCAGAGUUGAAGCCGCAGACGGAGAUGGGGCCGCUGGAGUCGCACAAGUUGUGGUCGGAUGUCACGAAUGCGAUCAAUAACAAGGAUUACAGUACCGCCUCAAAAGAAAAGUCGCAGAUCGAGGACGCGCAAAGAGUGUUGGCGAAGGAGAGGAAGGAGAAGGGUCAGACCCAGGCGGACGCGUUAAGCGUAUUUUUGCUCGUGGAUGAGGAUGCAGAUGAGAGUCGUAAGGCAUUUAAGGCACUAAAGGGGCAGCUGAUAGAGCUCGCGGGUCCGAAGGCACUGAGGGAGGAUGAGGCGAAGCCCCACUGGAAAUUGAGAACGUAG